AUGAAGGCCUUUACUCUGUCCAUCCUCGCCAGCUUCAUUGCUCUGGCCACUGCCCGCACCGACAUCAGCGGCUGUGUCUCUUCGGCCACCAGGGACCAGUGGGGCGAUGCCAGUAUGAUCUGGUACGUCCCCGACAGCGGCGAGAUUUGCGACUUCAUCGACUGCGGCGGUGGUAGGGCUCCCCCUAAGUCCGAUCAGCCUGGCUGUCCUUUGUACACCGGUACUGCCACCGUCACGCCCAGCUACCUGCCCGGCUACGGGCCCAAUGGCAAAAUGGUCGCUUCCACCACCACUGUCUCUGAGACUUCUACUGCCACCUUGAUGCACACCACUGUCAUUUCAUCUGCCGAGUCAUCGUCUACCGGCUCGUCUACCGGCUCGUCUUCCGACUCUUCUUCCGACUCUUCGGCCACUAUUGCUCAUUCGGGUAACACCAUGAUCACUGCGGCCCCGUCCUCCUCACCCGCUGUCUCCAUGACCAAGACCGCCUCGCCCAGCUCCAAGGCUAGAAACUCUACUUCUGCUGCCGUGACAGGCACCCAGACCGGAAAUGCUGCUGUCGUCCCCGCGUCGAACAUCGCUGGGGUCAUGGCUGUCGCCGCAGCAGUGGUUGGAGCCUUCGCCCUAUAA